GAUUGGUUUGUUCUUGAUUUGUCGCGCUCUGUCGGCGUAACGAAGCGUGUUGAGUGUUUCUUCGUAGUUGCUGUCAGCAGGACUGACGCAGGCGAUCAUAACUGUGUUGCUGUUACCUCCCAAGGAAUCUGGAAGAAGUGGUCGUAUUCUUACAGCUACUUGAACUGGAAUGGUCUUAUCUGUGCUUGUCUCUGGCAUUUUGGACUCCUUCCUUGGGGUGCAACCACAUGCCUCAAAGUCCCUUGAGAUAAAAUAACGAUGAAGCAGCCGCCAAUUUGUUGAACUAUUAACCAGGGAAAGUUAAUGAGGAAUGCUUUGUUAAUAUGUAAAAAGUGAAAGGAAAGCUGUUUCUUAAGCUAUCAACAAGAUGAGCAAGCCAAAACCUCCCCCUCCACCUAGACCUGACCUUGAUGAAGAACAGAGUUUUGUGGAACAUGGACAAGGUCAUUCACAGACAGUUGUUACUCUUAGCAGUGACCCCUCUCCAAAACCUUCAAAACGACUACCACCACCAAUUCCUCUACGACCAGAUUUAGGUGAAGGUAUUGAAAACGAUGUCUCGGUGCCGAUUAGUCCUCCAGUACCAAAGAUACCACCACCUGUUAUGGAGAAGAAACCAAGGUCUACCAAGUCCCAUGGACGACCAGAGAUUACUAUCAUAUCAGCUCAACCUAUGACAACUCCUGGAAUUGUCAGUCCUUCUAGUCUAGCUCCUGCUAAUGUCCCCUCACAUCCAUCAGCUGGUCCUGACAUGACAAGCCCUGCACCAGAACCACCUAUAGUCCACUCUGUUGAGUCACACUCUACGGCAACUCCAAUCAGACCAUGGCAUGUAGCAGAUUCAUCAUCAACGUCAACACCCACAUCCAUUAGUCCUAUUCCACCUCCUGAAAUGCAUUCAAAGCCUAAACAAACCCCUGAAAUAAAUAAACCUAUCCAUCCACAACCUAUAUUGUCACCCUCUAGUAUUAUUGACGUGGUUACACCACCCUCACAACCAGUAAUAUCUCCAUCAAGGGCAGCCCCUAUAGCACCAUUAAAACCUACCAGUCCAUUCUCACCAAGUUCUUCAAGCACUGAAUCUCCUUCGCCCAACAGAGUACUAAGAACCCCUAAAAACAGAGAGCCACCUCAGAGACCAAAGUCUAAGCCGGUUUGUGAGCUGCCCUCUGGUGAAGAGGAAUCUGGUGGAAGUGCUGGUAUCAUGAAUGCUAGUAUUAUAUAUAGUCAAGGAGAGUCACCUAUUGCACCAAAGCGUAAAAAGAACAAGCCUAACAAAAGUAAAACUACUUCUGAUGGCUUUGAUUCAAGUUUUGGUAUUAAUAAUUCUGCUUUCUUUGAAAAUGAAGCAAACGAGCAAGAUAUUGAUAUGGGGGAUAAAGAAUUUACGGAACCUGCUUCUUCAAGCAAAGCAAAGGGCUUUCCAAAUGUCAUAAGGACAAAACCAAAUGGCAAAGAUAAUGCUAGUGUUAGCCAAGAACCACUACAACAAACUGAUAAAACAGAAAAUGUGACAAAGGCCAAAAAAACAAAGCCUACGGUCAUAAAGCCUUCAGUAAUUAUAAAACCACCUCCAGCGGCCAAGAAACCCCAGACACAACAAAAUGAAUAUACUGAAAUCCCUCCCCAAACUGCCGCCCCUUUGAUACCUCCACCAGAACCAACAGCAAAACCUAAGAGCAGGCCAACACUUAUUAUACCAAAAGCAAAGAAAGAUGCUGGAAAUAAAGCUGAAGAAACCAUAGUUAUUUCACCUCCAGAAAAACCAGUAUUAGAGAGUCAAAAGGAGGAUGAUCAAGAUAAAAAGCCCAGUAAAACAAAACGAAUCCCAAGUAUAAUUCGGCCGAAUAGACUUAAAAAAGACACAGGUAGCCCAAAAGACAGUGUUGAGAGUUUCAGAGGGCCACCAGAAGGAGAGUGCUUACAAAGCCAACUCAAGAAAGGACCAGUAAGAAGGGCUCCUCCUCCUCCAAGGCCAGCUCCACCAAAACCUGGACCCCCCAGACCUGGACCCCCCAAAAAGGCGAAAGGAUCAGAAGAACCUAAGGCUUUAAUUGAGGCUACAAGUUUAAGUGUUAAGUUUGAAGCUCAUCCAACAGCUCCAGCUCCAGCUCCAGCUCCAGCUCCAGCUCCAGCUCCAGCUCCAGCUCCUACUGAAACUAAGCCAGAUCAUGUUAAACAUAGUCACCCACCUGAGGUAAAACACAGGGUAAAACACCCAAGACCUCCUACAAUCGGCAAGGACAAGGAAUCUGAACAGCACAGAAAUAUUGAGAAAAUGAAACAGAAAAAUGAAGAAAAGAAACCAGUGGAACCAGUGAUGUCUUCUGUGGUGUCAACCAAGAUAGAACCAUCUGCUAUUGCUUUAUAUGACUAUGUGCCCAAAAAUAUAGAUGAACUGUCAUUCAAGGCUGGUGAUGAAAUAUUUCUCAUCAAGAGAGUUGAUCAUGAGUGGUACGUUGGGAGAUGUGGAGACAAUGAAGGCAUGAUGCCAGUAAAAUUUGUAGAAAUCAUAGAAGACUUACCUCAUGAAGCAGAAGAGCCAUCAACAUCACACAAGCCCUCGCCACACACCUCUACAUUGCUCAGUACAGUUGCCUUGUAUCAUUUUGAAGCACAGUCAAGUGAUGAACUAAGCUUUCAUGCAGGAGACACUGUUCACCUCCUUGAGAUGGUCAACGAUGAAUGGCUUAAAGGACAAAGUUGCGGGAAAAUUGGGAUAUUCCCAGCAAGCUUUAUAGACUUUGAUGAAGAUAUGAAACACCAGCUUCAACAAAAACAAACAUUAAAACCUGCAGCAUUAAACAACAUUUUUCAAAAAAAAUUAACGAACAAAAGCUCUGUCGUUUCUUCUGGUCCAAGAUGUACAGCUCAGUAUGAUUAUGACUCUGGUAAUCCAGAUGAUUUAAGGUUCGAUGCUGGUGACGUCAUACGGAUUACAGAAAGAAUUAACAUUGAGUGGCUAAAGGGAGAGAUUCAUGGAGCUACUGGGAUGUUCCCAGCUGCUUAUGUAGACAUUAUAGAGGACAUACCUCUACAAGAGACAGCUGUAAAGCAUGCUCUACCUGUUGCAAAAGCUCUUCAUGAUUAUGACAGUCAUGAAGCAAGUGACUUGUCAUUCAAGAAAGGAGAUAGGAUUACGAUAAUAAAGAAAAUUAAUGAUGAUUGGUUGGAAGGAGAACUUAAUGGUCACAAAGGGAUCCUGCCGUCUGUGUAUGUAGAAUAUGUAGAGUCAUCUUCAUCAACACAACAUCAUGAAGUCCAAGGUCAUAAGCUACAACCACAAGAUCACUUAUUGCCAAAAGGAAAAGCCUUGUAUGAUUUUACUGCCGAGCUUGACAGUGAACUCUCCUUCAAGGCUGGAGAUGAGAUAAUCCUAUUAAAACAAAUUAAUGAAGAAUGGAUGGAAGGAGAGUUCAAUAAUGACAUUGGACAAUUCCCAGUAGCAUUUAUUGAAAUCUUGGUGCCCUUGCCAUAAAUAAUAAGUUGUUUUUACAUGCAUAUUAUGUGUUGUUUUAGGAUGAAUGGACCCAUUUUCAUCUAGUAUGAAUGUUAUUCUCAUGAGAAUAAAAAACCUAAGGCUAACCAGCCAAAAAUCUUGUGUGCAAGCCAAUAUGGCUGCCACAUAGGAAAGAUUCAUCUUAGAAAAAGUAAGUGAAAGUAAUAUUCAUAUCAAGCACAAGGUCCUGGAAGGAGGAAGUGUGGGACCUCAGCUUUUUACACAGGGAUCCCAUCACACUACAUCAUUAAGAAUGGUGUCAGUUUUGAUGCUUUAAAUCUAAAAGCAAUUUUACUAAAAAUAUUAUGAUUAUUAUUAUAUAAAUAAAUAAAUUUCUUAGUUAUAAGGAGAAUUAUAAAAUAACUGUUAUAAAUCUCACAUUCUGAUUGGUUGGAAGCAAGUUCUUUAUGAGAGCACACACCACUGCGCACAUUAAGUUGUGUGUCAUCCUAUCCAUAAUAACAGUUAUUGUAAUUUGUAUUUUAUAAAAGAAAUAAAAACUUGCUUGCUGUGCUGUGUAGAAUUAUAAGGCACUUGACAAUUGGCAGAACAUUUGAGAAGUGUUGAGAAGCACUCCACUUCAUGUCGAGCUUCUCCUAACACUUCUUUCAUGUCCGCAUGCUACAUUACUGCACACAGACUAACACACAUUUUCUGUUCCUUCAAUAAAAAUUCAGCUGAGCAGUAUUCUAUCAGCUAACCUCUUGAAACCUGUCAAAUUUUAUCAAACUCCCUAAUACAAGCUAAUCUAAAUGAGAACAGUUUUCUAUAAUGCUUGGCUAAAUUUUUCAUUUUAAAGUAUGGCACCAAAAUAUUAUGUUCAUAACAUUUUUCAAAUGAAAUUUAUACAUAAAAAAAUUCUAUAGAACAAACUGUCAAUCAGUUUUGGAAUUAUUAAAAUAUUUUAUAUAAUUAACAAAAUUAAAUCAUUGAUUUUCAGUUUCUUAUAGUCAUUUUAGGUGAUAGUAAUGAUGUUCACAGGGUAUGUGCUACUCCUUAAACUCCUUGAAAACUUAAUUCUUGAAUUUAAUUCAUGUUUUCAAGCGCACUUGAAAAGCUCUUGAAUUUUACGAUUUUAGCAAAACUCCUUGAAAACU